AUGCUAUCUCGUUUAUUAAAAGCAAAAAUCCAUCGUUGUGUUGUUACACAAGCAGAAUUACAUUAUGAAGGUUCUUGUGCAAUCGACGGUAUUCUUUUGGAUUUAGCUGGUAUCCGUGAAUAUGAAGAAAUUCAUAUGUGGAACGUGACUAAUGGUAAGCGCUUUACAACCUAUGCGAUUCGUGGCGAAGAAGGUUCAGGCAUCAUUUCAGUCAAUGGUGGCGCUGCACUUCAAGCUGAUGUUGGUGAUUUAAUGAUUAUUGCCACAUUUGGUGAUUUUACCAAUGCUGAAGCAGAUGCGCAUAAACCACGUCUUGUAUAUGCAAAUCCAGACAAUACACAAACUGUAUCCCUGUUCAAGUUGCAUAAUUGCACACAGAUGAUUCAAGACCCGCAAUGUUGC